CCAAUGAGCUUUUCCAAGGACCUCCCCACAUUUCCGUUGACAGUUCCCGAUGUUUAUAAACAUGACUCUAGACUGAGAGUCAAACUCACCAAGUCCAAAGAGCAGACUGGCCUCAAUAGUCUGGUUCAAGAUGGGAAUCGAUCACAUCUUUUGGUCUUUCAUCCUUUGAGGACGCUCAACUGCGGCUCUGUGACACAGCGCACUGGAUCACAUGCAGACUUGGUACCACCAAGGACAGUGGCGGAUUAAUCGAUAAGUAAUAGUUUUUGCAUUGCAAAUAUGACUACGUUUAUUGGCUCUCUGUUUAUUUUUAUGGAUGUCCUAUUAUAUGCAAAAUUGAACUAUUGCAUCGAAAUAGAUUUUUGCGUACCUGUUCGAUUAGACCAUAAACAUUUAGAAAGACAUACUAUUCGCCAGACGGAGGAGAGAAAGAAUGACCAACUAGUUGUUUUUAAAAUAACGGCAUUCAGUCAAGAAUUUUAUCUCAACCUUUUACCGGAUUCUACAUUUAUUGCGCCCAACAUCCCUCCUCACAGCGGCUCCUUAGCAUCAAAUUCCUCUGCAGCCACAGACCUGAGCCAUUGCUUCUACUCUGGCGAUGUCAAUGCAGACCAGUUAUCGUAUGCUGCGCUGAGCCUCUGCAAAGGCUUACAAGGCGCCUUUUCUUACCAGGGCAUGGAAUAUUUCAUCAAUCAGCUUUCGAACGAGAGGGCGAGAAGAACCCACGUCAUACGCCGCCGGGGACGCGACGGGGACUCCAGCGGCAAUUCCACCACGAACAGGUGUGGAGUAGGACCUGGUUUGACCCAAAGCAUUUCAGGGUCUUUUGAGAAAUAUAAACACAUGAAAGGACUGGAGAUGGACAGCCUGACUGAAACUGUAUUGAAGAGCUUGGGUAGAUCAAAAAGAUUUGCCUCCAUCCCUAGGUUUGUGGAGGUUCUUGUCGUGGCUGAUGAGUCUAUGGCCAAAUUUCACGGGGAUGACUUGAAACAUUACCUGUUGACCCUGAUGUCUGUUGCUGCGAAGCUGUACAAGCACCCCAGCAUCAUGAACUACAUAAACAUAGUGGUAGUGGGCUUCAUGGUGAUCAACGAAGCAGAGAAAGGACCCAAGGUUUCCACCAAUGCUGCCCUCACUCUACGCAGUUUCUGUUCUUGGCAGAAACAUUUAAACAAAUACAAUGACAAGCACCCUGAAUAUUGGGACACUGCAAUCCUAUUCACCAAACAGGACUUGUGUGGAGCCACAACCUGUGACACCUUAGGCAUGGCAGAUGUGGGAACUAUGUGUGAUCCCAAGAGAAGCUGCUCUGUCAUCGAGGAUGACGGUCUCCCUUCAGCCUUCACCACUGCUCAUGAAUUGGGCCAUGUCUUCAACAUGCCCCAUGACAAUGUGAACGCCUGCAAGGAGGUGUUUGGGAAGCUCAAGGACAACCACAUGAUGUCCCCCACGCUGAUCCAGAUUGACCGUGCCAACCCCUGGUCUGUGUGCAGUGCAGCCAUCAUUACAGACUUCCUGGACAGAGGCCACGGGGACUGUCUUCUGGAUCAGCCCCAAAAACUGCUGGCUCUGCCUGAGAGCCUCCCAGGCACCAACUACAGCCUCCACCGCCAGUGUGAGCUGGCCUUCGGUACGGGCUCCAAGCCCUGUCCCUACAUGCAGCACUGCUCCAAGCUGUGGUGCACGGGCAAGGCCAGAGGCCAGCUGGUCUGCCAGACACGUCAUUUCCCCUGGGCCGAUGGCACCAGCUGUGGCAACAGUAAGCUCUGCUUCCGAGGGGUGUGCACCGACAAGAACAAUACCAAUAAGACCAAGGUGGACGGUGGAUGGGGGACGUGGGGUGUGUAUGGGUCAUGUUCCAGAACCUGUGGGGGAGGAGUUCAGCUGGCCAAAAGAGACUGUAACAACCCUGUUCCAGAAUAUGGGGGGAAAUACUGCCAAGGACUCCGUGUGAAGCAUCGCUCCUGCAAUUUGGACGCCUGCCCAGAACCAGAUGUGUACUCGUAUGGAUCCACGUUACUAAUAAGCAUACAAUCCAUAGGCAAAAGCUUCCGUGAGGAGCAGUGUGAGGCGUUCAACGGAUUCAGCCUCAACACCAACAGGCUCUCAGCGUCUGUGGUGUGGGUCCCGAAAUAUUCUGGAGUGUCACCCAAGGACAAGUGCAAGCUCAUCUGCAGAGCCAAUGGAACAGGCUACUUCUAUGUCCUUGCUCCAAAGGUUGUUGAUGGAACACCCUGUUCUCCUGACACCUCUGCAGGCGGGCUGUGCAAACUCAGCUCCAAUAAGAGGGAAAUACAUGGCUACAACUUUGUGGUGAUGUUGCCUGUGGGAGCGUCCAACAUUGACAUCCGGCAGCGUGGCUACAGAGGCUUGGUUAACCACCAUACUUUAUGUCACAACUACCUAGCGGUGAAGAACCGACACGGCAAAUACCUUCUGAAUGGGAACUACGUGGUGUCAGCGGUGGAGCGGGACAUCAUUGUGAAGGGCAGCCUGCUGCGCUACAGCGGCACCACUAGUGCUGUGGAGAUCCUCCAGGCCACCAGGCCUCUCCAGGAAGCACUGACCGUAGAGGUCCUCUCGGUGGGGAAGAUGACUCCUCCCCGGGUCCGCUAUUCAUUCUUCCUGGCCCGGGAGCACCAUAAGGAGGAGAACAUCCUGAAGAAAAUGGAGAGGAGCCAUUCGCAGAACAGCGUCCUGAUGGACCGCAACAAGGUGAAGCUAAAGGAGUCGUCGCACAAGUCCAUGCCCCCGAACAUGUGGUCGACGGGGGCAUGGGAAGAGUGCACUGUGACCUGUGGGAACGGGCUCCAGAGUAGACUGGUUCAGUGUACGGACCCAGAGGGCAAAACAGCCACGGACUGUGACAGCUUACAGAGGCCGGCUGCCACCAGGGUAUGUGGGGACCCCUGUCCCAUGUGGGACAUAGGCCAAUGGUCGUCGUGUUCCAAGACAUGCGGGAGGGGCUUCAAGCGGCGGCCGCUGCGUUGCACCACUCAGACUGGCAUGCACCUACCCAGAGAGCACUGCUCUGGCAUGAAGAAGCCACAGGAACUAGAUUUCUGCACAGCGCAGCUGUGUUAGAGAAGUUCUAUGUCUGCUGAUUCUUUGUGUUGUUCCAGUGAUGCUCUUGAAAAGAAAACCCAUUCGCUGUCCUAUUGGGCUCUGACAAACCCCCGUAGUGCAUGGCAUUGUUGGUAUUUGAAACAGCGAAGGGAAAGAAAGUGGUAGAGAUACAAAAUGUGGGACCAUUUCAGUUGAGUUGGAGUUACUGGCAGUGCCUGAAUACUCGUACUUGUGUCCUAAGUAGUAGGGUUUUUGAGUAUGCGAAAAAUAUAAUGUUUUAUUGUAUGGGAAAUUUCUAAUAUUGAGUGUUUUUAAUGCCAGGACUUCUUUUGGCUUUUAAUCUAAUAUGAAUUCGCUGUACACUAUUGAGGAAGAUGAUCGUGUUUAUUAGAUCCACGUGAGUUUGACAACAGCUGAUAAACAGAAAAGGGGAGGGGCUGUACCAAAAUGAACUAAAGGCAGGGAACAACCCUGCCUACUCAUUAGAUGAUACCCUCUCAGUAUGGAUGAGCCUAGUAUGUUGAUAUCUGUUGGUUACUGCAAAUAUUUUUAACAAACAGUGUGUUCUAAACCAUAUGUGGUAAGGUUAAUACAUUGUUUAUUCUUUUAGUUAUUUUAGUAGGCAAGAACGAUGUUGGACAUAGCCACAGCCAUUCUACCUCUAGUGAGACAAAGAGUAAAACACAAAUGCACACACAGCACUGGUCUAGGUACGGUCUAUAUACAGGAGGUCUAUAGACUUGCUGUAUUUGACACCAGACACUCAAUCACCUUCAAAUCAGCAACUGGAUUAUGGAGCAGUAUGUUAGCUAUCUUUGAUUUAUUGACAUCUGAAACACCUGAAACAGAGAACAUCUUUCAUCUGUGAUUCACCAUCCCCAUCUUUUCCUGUAAUAAUCUUAUUGAAAUGUGAAAUGCAGUACUGUAUCUGCAAAAUAUAAGACCUGUUUGGUCCAUGCACUAGUUUCAAAUGAUAUUUUUGUAUUUACAAUGGAAUUUUAUUAACAUUGUUAAUUGUUCAUCUAUUUAGGUACAUUGACAUAAAUUAAAUAUAAUUUUAAAAAAAUUAAAAAAAUACAAUUGUAAUCUGAACGAUUUGCUAAACUCUUGUUAAAACCCUACAAUAUAUGAUUAAACAGUUGAUAGUAAUAUUUCUCAUAUGAUAAUUAAACAUUGUUAAUGAAAUAUCCUAUACACUUGAAAAGAUGAUCAGCAAAUGGCAAUUAUAAAAGCAAUUAUGAAUCGGAUUUGAAUCAAUCCAGUGAUGCAAUAAAGCAGUGCAAAUUUGGACAAACAAUUCAACAUUUUAAGAGAAAGAAACAAUAUGUGUAUAUAUAGACAUAGAUAAUCAAACGCACUGUAUGUACUAUAUAACUAAUGAUUCGUUUCAAGUAAUAAUGUACUUGUAUUGUGCAAUGCAUCAUUUUCCUCUUAACGUUGUGUCUUGAACAGUGCAAAUUUCACAACGCUCAAAUUGCUUAGUCAUGUUUCGCCAAAGAAAAAUAGGAUACUGAAUAUGAGGAAAGCCUUUGUACUGCAAGAGACACAUCUCAGAUUCACUACGUGAACUUGACAUAGCAUAGCUUUCUUACCUCUUGCAGUAGAGUGGAUGCUGAUAUUCUUCCUGGUCCCCUUUUGCAUGAUGGUCAUUUGAGAAUUUGAGUUUCAAGUAAAUACUAUUAGUUACAGUGUGUUCAGUUCAGCUAUUUCAAUGCAAUGCUGGUAAAUUAUCAUAGGAACUUUACAAGACCAUGUCACAUCAUCAGCAAUGCAAUUUCUGAAACUUUGUCCUCUCUACUGACUUUUCUAAUAAAGCCUGUGUUACAUUGUUAUGUAAUAAUUGUUUUAUUACAAUGCAUAAGAAAGGCUUUUUGUUUUGCUCUACAUUUCAUUUAGACCCACUGUCAUUGAAAAGGUACUUUCCUAGCACAGAAUCCACUCCCAUGAUACCAUUCUGUUGUUUAUUUUGUCUUGGUUCGGAGGAACCACAUCUCCCAUCUAAAAGAUGGUUCCGGUAUUCUUUGGAAUUGGAAUUGUUUCAUUUUCUUUUGCAUUAUGUACAGCAAAAGACUUGCUCUUUCAUCCGCUGCAUUUGUAUACUAUGUAUACAUUCAUCUGUGCACAAAUAAAUAACACGUGAAUAUUG